AUGUACUCUACCAUUUCUUUUACUGUAACGAGCUCUUUCACCACCAAUGGCGAUUCCCGCCAUUUCUCUACCAACUAACUUAACUGUCACAGCCACCAUUAAAGUCAAUUCAAGCUUCAAAAAGCUUAACAAAACACCCACAAAUCCCUUCAAUUCAUCUCUCAAAUCUCUCACCAAAUCCGGAAAACUCGACGAAGCUCUUCUUCUGAUAGAAUCCCAAAAAUCUUCUCAACUUGACAUCGAGUCUUAUUCGUCUCUUCUCCAUGCUUGUAUUUCGAAGAAAUCAGUAGAACAUGGUCACAGACUAUAUAUUCACCUUCUUUUGAAUUCAAACAAAAGUUUUCUCAACGACCCUUUAAUUUUAUCUAAGUUAAUCACCCUUUUCUCUGUUUGUGAUCAGCUAGAUGAAGCUCGUCGUGUUUUCGAGCACGCAAUUGGAAAUGGGAAUCGACCCGAAUCAGUUUGGGUUGCAAUGGCAAUUGGGUAUUCGAGAAAAAGGUGUUUUAGGGAGGCAUUACUGGUUUAUUCUCAGAUGUUGUUCCGGUCAAUUGAACCGGGCAAUUUCGCGUUUUCCAUGGCUGUGAAAGCUUGUUCGGGGAUAUCGGAUUUGAGGGUUGGUAGGGGUGUUCAUGCUCAGAUUAUUAAAGCUGAUAAAGAAGCUGAUCAAGUUGUGUACAAUGCUCUUUUGGGGAUGUAUACUGAGUGUGGGUGUUUUCGGGAUGUGUUGAAGGUGUUUGAGGAAAUGCCUGAGAGAAAUGUUGUGAGUUGGAAUUCGUUGAUCGCGGGUUUUGUUAAGAAAAGACAGGUUUUUGAAGCAUUUGAGACUUUUAGGAGAAUGCAGAAUGAGGAUGUGGGAUAUAGUUGGGUAACUUUUACGACGAUUUUAGCUAUCUGUUCUCAGGUUACGUACCUUUAUUAUGGGAGAGAGAUACAUUCACAAAUUGUUAAAUCAACUAAUGUUCCUGAUGUUGUUUUACUAAACUCGCUUUUGGAUAUGUAUGCGAAAUGUGGAGUGAUGGAGUAUUGUAGAAGAGUAUUUGAAAGAAUGAAGUACAGAGACAUAACAUCGUGGAAUACCGUUAUCAAUGGGUAUGCAAUCAAUGGAUUGAUGGGAGAAACAAUGAAGUUGUUUAAUGAAAUGGUCAGUAGUGGAGUUAGGCCGGAUGGUGUGACAUUUAUUGCCUUGUUGUCUGGCUGUAGCCAUGCAGGGCUUGCGGAUUUAGGCGAGGAAUUGUUUGAGAGUAUGACUGGAGAUUUUGGAAUUCGACCUUCCUUGGAGCAUUACGCUUGUCUUGUUGAUAUAUUAGGUAGAGCUGGGAAAAUUAAAGAGGCACUGCAAGUAGUGGAGAAAAUGCCUGUCAAGCCUAGUGGAAGCAUUUGGGGCUCACUGCUUAAUUCCUGCAGACUUCACGGAAAUGUCUCUCUUGCAGAACUUAUAGCGGAGCAGUUAUUUGAAAUGGAACCUAACAACUGCGGGAAUUAUGUGAUACUGUCAAACAUUUAUGCAAAUGCAGGGAUGUGGGAGGGAGUUAAAAAAGUGAGAGAGAUGAUGGAGAAUAAGGGAAUAAAAAAGGAGGCAGGAUGCAGCUGGAUACAAGUUAGAAAUAAAGUACACACUUUUAUGGCUGGUGGUGGUUUUGAAUUUCGUAAUUCGGAUGAAUACAAGGAAGUUUGGGAUGAGUUAUCAGAAGCUAUUGAGAAAAUUGGGUAUAAACCUGAUACGAGAGUUGUCCUUCAUGAUGUAAGCGAGGAAACAAAAGCAGAGUGGAUAUGUGGGCAUAGUGAACGGCUUGCUACUGUAUUUGGUUUGAUUCAAACUGGUUCUGGUAUUCCAAUUAGAGUGACAAAAAAUAUUCGUAUUUGUGCUGAUUGUCACUCUUGGAUGAAGUUUGUGUCCGAAAUAACAAGAAGAAGGAUUAUAGUGAGAGAUACAAACCGAUUCCACCAUUUCGACCAAGGGAAAUGCUCUUGCAAUGAAUACUGGUGAUCCUCAUAGUUGUUAUUUUGAAAAAGGAUCAUCUAGCCGGAAGUCUCGACUCGAACUUGGAGCAAGGUAUGUGCAAACCUUACCCUACCUCGUAAAGUUAGAGAAGUUGUUCCCCAUACACCCUCGGCUCAAGUAACACAUCUCAACACAGUUUGAGAAAAGGAAUACGGAAAUGAAAGCAGUAACAACAACGAACUAAAGCGCAAUAAUAUUUGUUUUGGAGACUUUCUUGGUAAGACUAUGAAGAUAUAUUACUCCUAUGUAGUUCCAUUUUAAUAGAGGAUUACACAAUGCUCUCUAUAUUCCAAUUAAGGAUGAUGAAAAAAGGCACCAUUUUAUAUUAAAGCAUAAUUUAAAUUUAUUUUUGGCUUUAUCCGCGCUGAUGUUGUCAUGACAUGCUUAAUACCACAAGUUGCUAAAGUCUACUUUUGUAGUACACAUCGACGCAUAAAUUGAAAUGGUGGAAAUAAUUCUCUUGUUUGUUAUUUCUCUUAAUAUAUUUCAAGUAAAUAUAUUUUUUUAUUUUUAAGGUUGAAUCAGAAGUAGAUACAUGCAUAAGUUCAAAAUAUCAUUUCCCAAAAGUAGUGUAACUAAUCAAAUUGGACAAAGAGGUCAUUUUCUUUGUUUUCUUAGUUGCUCAAAGUGGACCAUUAACUUGUCUUCUCCUUCUAAUGUAACAUCAACUUUAUGUGGUGUGAAUCCGAAUUAGAGUUGUGCUUUCAUGCAGAUAUCGAACAUCUGAUGAUGAAAAGCCAACUGAAUUAUUGUAUUGAAGUGGCCCUAGUAAGGUUACAUCAUGUGAAAGCUUCUCUUCUGUUUGUUGUUGGAUUAAUCACUAGAAUCCAUGAAAUAUCGAAUGUUGUUUAACCUUUGUGACAGUUAACUGCCCUCUAUUCAUACGCCUUGGUGGGAAGAGUUAUCUGACACCUGACACCUGUGUUGGUGGAAAUUACUUGGUACAUAAUAAUGUGGGGUUAAUUCGUUACACACUUAAUAAGUGUUCUAUUAUACAUUAUUUUCCUUUUAUCUUUAUUGCUAGUAACAUUUAUUUUGUUGAAAGGUGGUAUAGUUUGCCAA